AUGCUGAAGGAACUGGCUGUCAGCCUAUUGCUGGUCACUACGGUAGUCUCAUAUUCGGUCAGAUCGGAAGGAGUCGAGCAUCACAGACGAGGUCGACCAGAAAAUGAGCAAGUCGAAAAGGGGAUCGACGAGUUUCAAGAAAAUGAUGAACUGCUGCCAUUGAAUCUUCUCAAUAAUGAUGAUCCAAUUGAAGAUGAAGAAUCCAUCUCGCAUCCAAUCAUUUUAAACGACGAGAUUUUAAAUGAAGUCGUCGGAAAGGAUGAGUUCGAUCUAUUUGAAAUCAAUAAGAAUUCGAACCUGCACGAACAUCUCAUCGAAGGAGACAUUCUCGUGAAAGAGAAUGAGAACUCUCGACGAAAGCGGCAGAUCACAAAAGCGGAAGCGGCGUGGCCAAACCAAACUGCGUUUUAUGAGAUAUACAAUAUCACACAAAAACAACUCGACACUUUCAACAAAGCAUUCAAGUUUAUUGGAGAUAAAACAUGUGUGAAAUUUGUCGAAAAACCAAGUGCACCUCAUCGAAUUGUGAUAUUGAACGGCCAAGGCUGUUAUUCGUAUUUCGGCUCUGCUGUUCACGAAUUGAUGCAUGCGUUGGGAAUCGAGCAUACCAUGAGCAGAUAUGAUCGAAAUAACUACGUUAAAAUUGAUCCUCAACGUUUUUCCGGAGCAGGCGCUUAUAAUUAUCGAAUUACAACUCCAAAGGAAACAUUCAAUGCAGUGCCGUAUGAAUAUCAAAGUGCCCUUCAUUAUUCUCAUGGAUAUGGCGCAAUAACGGCGCUGGAUGAAGAAUACGCGUAUGGAAUGGGCAAUCGAAUGGUCACCUUUUAUGAUAUCCAAAAUAUCAAUGAUGCUUAUAGAUGCUUCUGUGCAAAAUCGAAUACGAAAUGCGCGCAUGGAGGAUAUUGGAAUCCGAAUGGAUGCUCGACUUGCUUAUGUCCUGAAGGAUACGGAGGAGAUUAUUGCGAUGAGCUUGCUCCUGAAGACACAACUAUCCAAGUUGACGUCGUAUAUGUCGAUAAUUUGGGUUGCCAAUAUGGAUGCAAUAUCAAUGGAAUCGAAAUCAAAUAUCUUGCUGAUCCAAGAAUAUCGAAUCCAAAACGAUGCUGCGUAAAACAAUUUCCUAAAAAUCCGAUCGAAUCGAAAUUGAAUCCAACUCCGAUUAUUUUAUACUCUCGGAAAUCAACUCAAAUGGCGACAAUCAAAUAUCGUUAUGUGGACACUCCGAGUGUAGGAACAGAAACGAAGAAGAAUGGAUAUGAUUCUUAUGAAUAUCGUUUCUAA